GGCCAACCCGCGAUAUGUAGUGCACUGUGCACCACUGCAGCAGUGUGCGUCAACUGUGACAGCCACCCGGUCGACAUCGAAACCGCCGGACCGGCCUCUGGAAUCUGGAGAGUCUGUGUGAAUGUUAGAGCCAGCAGCCACACCACGAGACAACAAAAGACGAACCAACACCGAUCAACUUUUGUCACAGAUGUACCAUCAAAUUUGGAAUGAACGGGCGUCCGCUUUGCUUUUCGUUGUUGCACGGGCCCGUCGCGUUCAUGGCUUCGAGAGGUUCCACCACUUCUCACUUCCCUCCGGACCGACUACAUAUUACAUAUUUCCUAUGACGGAUGGCCGAUGACUGCUGUAACACACAGCUCGUCAUCAUCAAGACAACAGCUUGACAUUCCUCGCAUAUCUUGACGCAUGGCAUCCCUUUGCGCCCUCACUGCUCUCUGUCCUACAGUUUCGCUUCGAGCUGGUAUAACAUCUAAAAGCAUGGUCGAGCAUCUACCCGAGCGCCAAGCUCUGAGGUCCAUCAUUGAAGGCAUUUUUGAUUCAGGUGGCGGAGAGACGUCGACAAGCAGUGCUUCGACUGGUUCAAAUUCCAGCAGCUCAUCUUCCGGCAACAGUGGUGGCGGUGACAGUACCAGUACCAGCAGCAUUACCUCUACAUCCACCAUCACCUUGGCUUCGCGAAGCUCCUCGAUAACGACUCAGACCUCAGCAACCUCGGCGCCUAGUACGCCCUCAAUCUCCCUCUUCACUUCUUCCGUUACGAGCAAUGGUCAAGUUGUUCCGGUCACCCUCACACAAACUGUCGUCGUCGUCAAUUCUUCUGAAAGCCCAAGUCUAUCAUCAAGCAAAAGCGCUUCCACUAAUGCAGCCCUAAUCGGCGGCGUGGUGGGCGGAGUUGUUGGAGGUCUGGCGCUGCUUGCUCUUUUGAUCGCUGCAGGCAUCAUUAUGAAGCAUCGGAAAGACAGGAUGGGUUCGGCGAACUUUCUCUGCUGUGGAACUCUGCCAAAGUACGAUAAAAGGAGAGACUUGCAGCAUUCUGCAAGAGGAGCCUGGCCUACCUUUUAUCCAUCGUCCAACAGCCGUUCCCAGCGGGAUGCGCAUAUGCGAGGUGGGCCUGCGCUUCCUCAGGCCACACUGCCCGAUGUGUUCCCGGAGGAGGGAGUGGCGGAACAACUAGGCACAGUGGGCUACGACCAUUCCGAAGGCAUCCACAACAGUGCGUCAGGAGUUUCUUUCAGCCAUCAGACGUCCGAGAGCCCACGGGCCGAAGUUGUGCACAGUCUUGGGCACGCCAGCAGCUCAGUCGCAGCGUGUUCUCCUGUCUGGACGCCCGCUCAAAUGUACUUUGCGCCAGACUACUCGCAUCUCGACCCUCCCGAGAUGCGAGAGGCUCGUGCGAGAGAAGUAACCGCAGCCGCAGCUGUGAGCGCGCCGAGCUCGCCUCCUUCAAGCGCGACACAGUCCAGCGCACCACAGUUGAUACAACCGCGUGGCUAUCUCCAGGCCCAAGGCCGGCCGCAGAGCGCAGACUCGACAAUCGCCUUUGCUGAAGGCAGCGUCAACAAGGGAGGUGUAUCAGCUGCGGACGGAACGGACACGCCAUCGGAUGGGAGCGCAACCAGUCAACCGCUUCAUCUUACCAAUUCGUGAACCGGCCUAAGAUGCGUUCAUUCGAACACGAAUAGAAUCUGGGAUCUCACAUUCCCUUUUGGACCACAAGGACUGCACCGCAUCCUGCUCUGUUCAAACUGAUUAUUAUUAUUGUAUUUAUGCACCUGUGCACCCAAUUUCAUCUUAUGUUCGAU